CUCCUCCUCCUCCUCCUGCUCUCCUCUCUCCACUUCUAUCUCAGCUCUGCGAAGAAGAAAAACGAGGAAGCCGAGGAUUGAUGUGUUGCUCGCCUCGGAAUCUUCUCGUUUUUGCUCACACAAACCCACACGCUGACAGUCCUGCCAAAAAGUGCCGCUCUUCGAUGAUUUCUGACCAUUUUCAUGUGAUGACACUAGACGGCUGUUUCGCGCGUGUGUGCGGGCGCGCGUGUGUAUGUAUGUAUAUGCGCGCUCGUUGUUCUCCGGCUGGCCGUGAUAUAACCGUCUAGGAUCGUUUGGAUGCAGGAGAAAGAGGCUCCGACGCUCCGGGAAGCUCCGUCCAUCCCUCCGUGUCCUCCUCGUUCCUGCGACCGGCUGCAUGACCGGUGAUGCUCGGCCUCUCCGCCUGGAUGCGCCCCUCUCUCCGCGGUGUGCCGUCGGUACCGCUGCCCGUAUCCCCCUGUAGCAGAUUUCCACUGUUGCCGGAGAAAGGUCUAGGGACCACAUAUGGAAACUGGGGAUCAGAAUUUUAGGAAAAAGGAAAACUAAUCAGGCUGUCUUUUGAUUUUCAUAACUUAACAUUUUCUCUUCUCUUCUUGGCUUGAUUUUUUUUUUUAUAUAAUUAUUAUUAUCAUUUAUUAUUGUUGUUAUUAUUGUUAUUAUUAUUUGGAGAGGGGGGUUGAUCGUCCCUGGUUGGUUUUCUGUUCCAUCAUCUCUAAAGGAAUGGCUGGUUUUCAUGGCAGUCAUGGUACCGGCUGAUGUUUGGCAUUAUUUAUCAUUCUGUCCUUGAUUUUUUUUUUGUAAGGGGGGGAAGCGCUUGAUCCUGCUGCUUUGAAUCUGUUCUUUCAUUUCUUUCAGCACAUCCAGUCCUGAUUUUUCCUCAACAUAUCCCGGGCCCUGCCUGCCUGUGCCUGCCCGCCCGCCCGCCCGCCCGCCUGCCUGCCUGCCUGCCUGUCUGUCUUGCCUGUCUCCCAUCAUCCCUUUUGCCACAGAAUACAUGUGAUAGCCCGUUUCUUCACAAAUGCUGGAGAUGAACCUCCAUAACUCCCAGAUCCACCGGGUUAUGUCGAGGUAGUCCGGUCUCAUCGCUGAACUGUGUCAUCGUCUGUUGUGCGCUCCCUGCUUCUGUUUCCUCCAUUCGGGCUGUUUUAAAGAAAUCAGGCCGCCAACCGUGUUCGUCUUAACCACACGCCACCCCCCCACCCCCCCACCCCACAACCCACCCACCCCUCCACCCCCGUGUUCCUUCAUCCCUUUUUUUUCCUCUGUAUGAAUUAAUUCACGCUGCGUGCAUGCACGAGGGCUCGUCCAUGUACAGGUGUGUGUGUGCGCGUGUGUGUGGGUGAAAGUUUAAGUCUGGAAGUGAGCGUGCGCGUGUAGGCUGUGGUGUGUUGCGUUUCCUGUGUGGGUGCAGAAAUCAAGCGCUACGUGCACAUCAUUCCAUACGUCCCCGUUGUAGCUGUGAGGGUUGUAAUACAUGCGGCUGCUUUAGUCAGCGCGGAGAGUCCAGGUCGGGCCUGGAAACGGAGAAGCCGAGCAACCAUCUUCUCAUUAGCUCGGCCCUUUUUCGGAGUUUGAUGUUUAGGGGCCUUCCAACUCGACAAAGUAGGCCUAGAACCCAGACCAGGUCUCUUGUGGGAUCUGCCAGAAGCCUGUGUUUUUAGGUCAACAUCUUUUAUUUUUUCUUUUUUUUUUCUUUUUUUUCCAGAGCAGGGCAACUUACUGCCAUUUAGGCGGCUUGAGUUUAGAAAGCUUUGCAGCUGAGGAUUUCGCCGAAGUCUCUCUGGCCCGUUCCCCCGCCGGGUCACGCCGCCGCGGAAUCCACCUCAGGCCUCCAAAAACGAACUCAAUUUUCACCUCUUAGCUGCCCCCCCGCCCAAAACCAACCAUACGAUUUCCCCCGAGCUCCCCGAACUCCCCCGCCCCCCCAGCGGCCCCCCGCUACCGUCGUCCGCCCGACGCCGCCCACCCCCCGUUUUCCGAGCUGGCGUGGCGACGCAAACUCACAAAUAUUUACUUCCUGUACAUCAAGAGGAAAGGGGGCCCCCCUUUCGUGGAAUGCGGCAACAUGGGCGUGUUUGACCGCGGAGUUCAGAUGCUGCUGACCACGGUGGGGGCCUUUGCUGCCUUCAGCCUCAUGACCAUCGCCGUGGGGACAGACUACUGGCUGUACUCGCGCGGCGUCUGCAAGAUCAAGAGCACCAACGAGAACGAGACCAGCAAGAAGAACGAGGAGGUGAUGACGCACUCCGGCCUCUGGAGGACCUGCUGCCUGGAAGGCUCUUUUAAAGGCAUGUGUAAGCAGAUAGAUCACUUCCCUGAAGAUGCCGACUACGAGGCGGACGCUUCAGAGUACUUCCUACGCGCUGUGAGAGCCUCAAGUAUCUUCCCCAUCCUGAGUGUGAUCCUGCUCUUCAUGGGGGGGUUGUGCAUCGCUGCCAGCGAGUUCUACAAGUCACGACACAACAUCAUCCUCAGCGCCGGCAUCCUCUUCGUCUCCGCAGGCCUCAGCAACAUCAUAGGAAUCAUUGUGUACAUAUCAGCCAACGCUGGGGACCCUUCCAAGAGUGACUCCAAGAAGAACAGCUACUCGUACGGCUGGUCCUUCUACUUCGGUGCCCUUUCCUUCAUCAUGGCCGAAAUGGUGGGCGUGCUGGCCGUGCACAUGUUCAUCGACCGGCACCGGGAGCUACGCGUGGGGGCACGAGCCGCCGACUACCUCCAAGGUGCGGCCAUCACGCGCAUCCCGAGCUACCGGUACCGCUAUCGACGCCGCUCACGCUCUUCGUCCCGCUCUACGGAUCCCUCGCACUCUCGCGAGGCGUCGCCAGUCGGCCUGAAGGCCUUCGGGACGCUGCCGUCCACGGAGCUGUCCAUGUACACCCUGCCCAAGGGCCAAACGGGCACCCCAACAGCCACCUAUAACUCCACAGAGAGGGACCACAACUUCCUGCAGGUCCAUAACUGCAUCCAGAAGGACCUGAAAGACUCAGGCGGCCACAGCAACACCGCCAACCGGCGCACCACGCCUGUAUGAAACAGACAAGGACACGAACAAAAACCAGAGGAACUUUGGGGGGAAGCAGCAAAAGACAGAUCAUGGUGUAAAGAGAAGGAGAAUGAAAAGAGGGCUUAACCGGAUAGCUUGAGGAGUGCGGGGUAAGCGGGGAAAGGGGAAGUUCUGAGCACUCCACAGCAGCUCAGAUAAUCACUGUUUAUAAAAAGGAAAUGGAGUAAAAAUGCAUAAAAAAAGAAACAUGCAUGAUUUUCCCAUGAACCAUUGUUUAAUGAGUUUUGAACAUGUUUGUAAAGACUUGAGGGGGAGGAUGGGGGAAGAGGAACCGGGUGGGAGGGCUGGGGUGGGGCUUCAGGACACUAAGGGGUGGGGUGGACCGUGGUUGUCUCCGGGCUGUGGAUCCGUGGAGUGGUGGGCUGGUCCAGACUGCCUGUUUAAAGGCGAACUUUAUAUUUUUUACUCUUCCUCAGUCUGAUCAAAAAAAAAAGGGGGCGUAGUUUAACCCUCUGCCCUGCCUACCAACCUGCCCUCGCACUACCAUACCACGAGCCCCCCCGAACACACACACACACACACACACACACAAACACACCCUCAACUCCCCUAAAACCCCACUCCUUUCUUUAGUUGCUGUAUCUUCUUGAUUUCAUUCUUUAUUCACAUUAAUACUGUGAACCAUUGCGGUGUGGAAUUUUAGCAGGGAGCAAUUCAGGCCGCAAGAAAACAGAAAAAAAGAAAAACUGAAAAAAACACAAGGUAAUAUAUGUAUUGAUUAUAUAUAAAUAUAUGAAUAUACAUGUUAUUAAAUCAUGACUAGACUUCCCUGACGCAAAAAAAAUAAUAAAAAAAUAAAAAAAAAUCAAGAAAAAAAUGACUUGUGAAACUAAAUCAAGUCGUCAUGGAAACGUAACCAUGCCGGAGGAUUCAUCGCGACUCGUUUUACGGUCGAAGGCUUGAGCCUAGUUGAUAAACUGGUCUUGGUUAGUAUUAGACACAUUAUCACAUUCUUUUACAAUGACAAAAAAAAUAAAAAAUAAAAAAAAUAUAUAUAUAUAUUGAAAAAAAUCUUUUGGCCUUCCGUCAAAACCCUGGCAGCCAUCUUUGUUCAGGGCCAAGAAGAGGCGAAAGUUGACCUCACUUCUUCUUCUUCUUCUUCUUUUUUUUUUUUUUUUUUUUUUGAUUUGUUUUGUUUUUUGGCCCCAUGAAGGGGUAAUGUGAAGAGGGAACUCUGGGUAAUGGAGGAUCUCUCUGCAAACUUGAAGAUGACUGUGGACAAUGAAACGUCACUACUGCCAAAGACACAAAGUAGUGCGUGAGAGAACAUGGCUACCAGCGAGCUGAAGCUAAGUGACUCCAAAAAAAUUAAGAAUUUACAUGCAUGCUAAUCAAAAUCAUCUGAUCUGCUUUUAAGGAACCUAUGUUUUGAACAAUGAUACCAUGUAAGGGCGGUAGGAGUGACAAAGUAGAAAUUAAUGUUACAGUACUGUGUCUAUUUGAAUUUUUUCUUUGAACUUUUCUUUUUUUCUUUCGAGUGGGUAAUUUGGGGUGGGGCAUCAUUACGCUUGAAACAGAAAACAAAACUUUGGAGAACGUAUCAAUGCUUUUUUAAAACAGAAGAUAAUCUUAUCUUGCCUUUUCGUUUGACGUUUCAUUUCUUUUUCUUUUUCUCGGUUCCUUUGAACUCUCACACAGCCUUAGUCUCUUUCUUUAUCUCAUUUUUUUGUUGUUCUUUGGUUUGGCGUUGUGUUGUUGUAAAUGAGAAUUAAGAAAAAAAAAAAAGCAUAAUGUCUUUCAAGGUGCCAAAACUGAAUGAUUCUGAACUUGGAUGCAUCAAGUCCUGAUGACGAAUAAAAAUUGAACCCCCCCGUAGGGAACUGAA